AUGGCUGACACCCUGCCUAGUGAACAUUGCUGCCUAUCAGAUGAAGAGGAAGACUUUAUGGCCGGAGGGGACCUUGGAGAAGGCUUUGGGAGGAAACCAGGUGGCUUGUACGAGGCUAUUGAGGGGACAGAAGCCAGGACCUUGAAACUGAAAAAGGGAUCUGAUGCUCAUGGUCACUACCAUCUUGUUAAGAAGGGUGAUGAUGUUUCUUCUAUGAGAUGCCCUGGUGGAAAAUACACUACCUGUGAGGACAGAAGUGUUUAUAGACCCUGCACAGAGGGCUAUGUGCGGUGCCGGCAAAACAGCAUUGAUGCAAGCUCUGAAGUCUCCAGUGAAGAAACGAGGCAACGAUUUCAAGAUUUGACAGAGGAAGUGGAUCUGUUAAGAGUUGAACUUGAAGCUUCUCAAAGACAGCUAGAUGGAAAGGAUGAAGCACUGAGGAUUCUGCAGAGCAUGGCUGUGUUUGAUAAGGCAACUGGUCACACCAAGGAAAUGCUGCAGAAAGCGGAGGAGCAUCGGAGAGCCCUUGAAAAGGAGAUAAAUGUGUUACGGUGGGAAAUGGAGUUUGACCAGGGGAGGCUGAAAAACCUGGAGGAGUCCUGGAAAGAGAAAUAUGAACGCGUCCAUUGUGAAAAUACAGCUUUGAAAGAGAGCCUGGAGUUGCGGACCAAUGAAGUAAAAACCCUAAAAGCUGAAAACACAAUUAUAAGUCAGCAAUGUCAGGAGCUGCUUGCAAUGCUCGAUGUGAAACAGCAGAAAAUGUUCCAGGACAAUAUGUCUCUUGAUAAAAGUGGUCUGGCAGAGGUAACUGCACUUGAACUUGCUGUGCUUGGUGCUUGUACAUGUGCUACUGGAGGAGAACCCUGCUCAUGUGCAAAGAUGUCAGCUGCAACACGUAAACAGUUGCUUCAGCUCCGUCAGGAUUAUGAAAUUGAGAAGAAGAGUAAAGAAGAAGCUUAUGUAAUGGCUGAUGCAUUUCGCAUUGCGUUUGAGCAGCAGUUGAAGCGCAGGAAUAAUGAGAAUCUACCUCUGAGUGACAUAGAGAAGCUCUGUAAGAAGGGGAGUAAGAGAAUAAACCGCUGGAGACAUCUUAAAGAGAAUGGGCACCUGCUGGAAAAAGAUAAGGACAUGAGCUUAGGCCAGAAAUUAAAAAACAUGCUGAUCUCUUCUAUUGACAGUGCAAAUUUAGAUGCAGCAGAUGACCCACAAGAGGUCCUUACAGUGUUAGUAGACCUGCUCAAUGAUAAAGAAGAGGCUUUAGCCCACCAAAGGAAGGUGAGCUACAUGCUUGCUAGGACUAUAGAAGACAAAGUGGAAUCUUCAAGAAACCAUAAGAAAAGUUCUCGGAAAGAGACUGCUGCUGUUGGUGACCAUCACUGUUGCAUUGACCUAAAGGAAAAUGUUCCAUGCUCAGGUGAAACAGAUCCCACCACAGAUGAAAGUCAUAGCACGAAGCAAGAUUUGCUUGGUUCCCUGGAAACCUCUUAUUCUUUGCAGCUAAAGGAUGUUUAUCCUCAACAAAAAUACAAAAAUAGAACUUCCCCAGAUCAAGAAGCACAACUAAAGGAAGAAGAGUCUCAAACAUAA